CGUCCCCGGGGGAAGUUAGUUCGGUGGGGGGAGGCCGCGCGACGCCCGUUCCGUGCCCGGCGCCGCAGAGAGAAGUAAUAAGAAAUGGAGUGUGUUGCUGCGUGUAUGGACACCACUGGAGAAAGGUGGCGGUCUCGGCGGGUCGAGAGGAAGUGCUAGAUGAGGCCUAUGACGGACUGGACAGCGACAACUACAGAUCGUGCAGUUCAGAAUGGCGCAAGUCUGGGCGUGUGUUUUAACGCUUUUUAGCGUGAAACUAGUUGCGCUCGGUUUCGAGCCCGACUUCCAGUUCCCGCUGGAGAACGUGACAAUCGCCCAGGGCCGCGACGCCAUGUUCACGUGCGUGGUCAACAACCUGGGCGGAUACAGGGUGGCGUGGAUCAAGGCGGACACCAAGGCCAUCCUGGCCAUCCACGAGCACGUGAUCACCAACAACGCCCGCCUGUCCGUCACGCACAACGACUACAACACGUGGACGCUGAACCUGCGCGGAGUGAAGCGCGAGGACCGCGGCCAGUACAUGUGCCAGGUCAACACGGACCCCAUGAAGAGCCAGACGGCGUUCCUGGAAGUGGUCAUCCCGCCCGACAUAAUCUACGAGGAGACCUCGGGAGACCUCAUGGUCCCAGAGGGCGGGUCCGCGAAGCUGGUGUGCAAGGCCAGAGGCUACCCCAAGCCCAAGGUGGUCUGGAGGCGGGAAGACGGCGGGGAGAUCAUUCUCCGGGGAGGACCUUCCUCCAAAACCAGAGUCUCUUCAGUGGAGGGAGAAGUUUUGUCUCUGACGAAGGUGACGAGAUCUGAGAUGGGCGCCUAUUUGUGCAUUGCAGCCAAUGGAGUGCCCCCGUCUGUCAGCAAGAGGAUGAUGGUCCACGUUCAUUUUCACCCAAUGAUCCAAGUACCCAACCAGUUGGUUGGAGCGCCCACGGGGACUGAUGUCACACUGCAGUGUCACGUGGAAGCGUCGCCCAAGGCGAUCAACUAUUGGACCCGGGAUACCGGUGAGAUGAUCAUUGCGAACGACAAGUACAACAUGACGGAGAUCAACAGCUCGUACUACAGCGUGCAGAUGAGGCUGACGAUACGCAAGUUCCGCAGGUCCGACUUCGGCGGCUACAAGUGCAUCUCAAAGAACUCCAUCGGCGACGCCGAGGGCAACAUCCGCCUCUACGAGAUGGAGCUGCCGAACCGCGGGAAGGGCGCGCCGGACCGCUACGACGUGGACCUGGACGAGGACAACGACGCCAACCCGGAGGCGGGGCCGCACCUCUACAACGGCUACCAGGGGUCGCUGCGCGAGGCGGCGGCGGCGGGUGGCGGCGGGCUGGCCGCAGGAGCGGGCGGCGGCGAAGGCACCAGCUCGUCGGCGGCCGGUCUGCGUGGCGGGCUGUCCCUGCUGGUGCUGCUGUCGCUGCGGCGCCGGAAGAUGUGA